UAUGCAUUACCUCAAUUUUUAUUUUAUUUUAAUUUUAUUUGCUAAUUUUGUUGCGAAUUCGUCGGUUAAACUUGGUCCAUUUAAAUUUGGAAGAAGCGUUUUUGAUUAUCAAAAACUAGAAAAAGUGGAUAAUCAGAACGAAGAAAUGAUUGAAUUGUUAAAAAAGGAAGCAGAAGACGUUCAAAAUACAGAAAAAUUUGAAAACGAAGCACUCCCUUUAAUUGCAAUUAUUUCAGAUAAGGAUAAAGUAAAAAUAUAUAUUAAGGAGAUUAAAGCGAUAAAUAAAUUAGAUGGACAAAUUUCAAAAUUCUUUACAAGUGAUUUAAACUUUGAAAAGUUUAUGAAUCAUUUUAAUGAACGUUAUCAAACUAUGAAAAACGGUUCUGAAAAAGAGUUACCAACCAUGGUGAAGGAAAAGUUUGAGGUUUUUUUAAGAAUAAUCUAA